AGCCAUCCGAGACAACUGAUAGUGUUUUUUCUCAUAGUUGACGGAAUGUCACGUGUCCUACAUUAUUAUUACACUCGUAACAACUUAAACAUUACGAAACUUAUAUUCGAUCAAAUAAGCCAUUCAUGUUCUGAGGUUGACCAAAUUCGACAUUGACCUCCAUACAAAACAUGUUGCCUGGUAGUCGAAACAACGCAACCUAUUGGUUGGAGACAUAUUUCCCACCGAGUUGGGCUUCUCUUCCUCACUGCUGUAAAUCGGUCUAGAACGUAAAACGACAGGGUCAAUGUUCCCAUGGCCACAGAGGCAAAUAUAAUUUAUUUAUCGGUAUUAAAAUAUAAAUUCUGGAAGAAAGAAGUCAACAUUUGAGUCGCCCACUGCUCACUCUGCUUUCCCCAAGGUGUGGGACGUAAAGGAAGGAACUGAUUUCUCUGGAGUGGCCAGCUUGCUAGCUAGCAGGCUGCGGUUCGCCAUAGCUGUUGUUUACUUGAUGUAGGCUGGCAGAAAUCAGAGAUGUGGUCCUUUUUCGCUCGGGAUCCAAUCAAGGACUUUAAUUAUGACAUUUUACCGGAAACUCAAGAAACGUCCGGAAUAUGGACACUACACCGGGGCAAACGAAAGAUAGGUGGGGAGCCAGUAUCAGUGUUCGUGUACGAGGUGUCAACAGGGACAGAGGAACAGACCCAGCUAGCAAAGGCAGCGUUCAAACGCAUGAAGACCCUUCGACAUCCCAACAUCCUGGCCUACGUAGAUGGAUUGGAGACGGAGAAGAGCCUGUACCUGGUCACAGAGCAGGUCACCCCCCUGGCAGCCCACCUGAAGGCCCAGUCAGACCGGGGGGGCUCUGGGGAGCUGGAGAUGUCCUGGGGCCUUCAUCAGAUUGUGAAAGCCCUUAGUUUCCUGGUGAAUGACUGCCACCUCCUUCACAACAACCUGGGUAUCUGGGCUGUGUUUGUGGACCGAGCCGGAGAAUGGAAGAUUGGGGGUCUGGACCACAUGACACCAGAGAACGAGGACGCCUCCACAUCACUACCCUCCGCUAAAUCUGUUCACUCUGACAUGGACAAAUACGACCCACCUGAAUCACCAAAUGGUGGAGAGAAAUGGGCUGGGGAUGUGUGGCGACUGGGCUGUCUGAUCUGGGAAGUGUUCAAUGGUCCAAUGCCCCGAACCUCCUCCCUACGCUCCCUCGGAAAGAUCCCUAAAGCAUUGGUGCCACACUACUGUGAGUUGGUAGGGGCCAACGCCAGGGCCCGGCCGAACCCAGCUCGCUUCCUCCAGAACUGCAGAGCUCCUGGAGGAUUCCUUAGCAACAGCUUCGUGGAGAGCAACCUUUUCCUUGAGGAGAUCCAGAUCAAAGACCCAGCAGAGAAGCAUCAGUUUUUUCAGGACCUGAGUGAGAACCUGGACUCAUUCCCAGAGGACUUCUGUAAGCAUAAGGUGCUGCCACAGCUACUCACCGCCUUUGAGUUUGGCAACGCUGGUGCGGUCGUCCUCACACCUCUGUUUAAGGUGGGUAAGUUCCUGUCUGCGGAGGAGUACCAGCAGAAGAUCAUUCCUGUCAUUGUAAAGAUGUUCUCCUCUACAGACAGGGCCAUGAGGAUACGACUGCUUCAACAGAUGGAGCAGUUUAUUCAGUAUCUAAACGAUGCAGCGGUGAACUCGCAGAUCUUCCCUCAUGUUGUUCACGGUUUCACAGACACAAACCCAGCCAUCAGAGAACAGACUGUCAAGUCCAUGCUGCUGCUGGCCCCCAAGCUGAAUGAGAGUAAUGUAAAUCAGGAGCUGAUGAGGCACUUUGCACGACUGCAGGCGAGAGACGAGCAGGGACCAAUCCGCUGCAACACCACCGUGUGCCUGGGAAAGAUCGCCCCCUACCUCAAUGCUGGGACGCGGCAGCGAGUGUUGAUCUCUGCGUUCUCUCGGGCCACUAAGGACCCGUUUCCUGCUUCUCGGGCGGCCGGGGUUCUGGGCUUCGCGGCAACGCACAACUAUUACAGUGUGACGGAGAGCGCAGCACGAGUACUGCCAACGCUCUGUACCCUCACCGUUGACCCUGACAAGAACGUUAGAGAUCAGGCAUUUAAAGCCAUCAAGAGUUUCCUGACAAAGCUGGAAACUGUUUCUGAGGAUCCAACCAAGCUGUCUGAAAUAGAAAAGGAUGUGAUGUCAUCACCCCAGCCGGCGGGGGCAGCAGCCAGUUGGGCAGGCUGGGCAGUGACGGGGGUGUCCUCUCUGACCUCCAAGCUCAUCCGGACCGGCCCGGGGGCAGAGGUGGGCGGCCCGGCCGACAACAACCCUGUUGCUGCUGGUACUGCCUCUCCUCGCACUGGGAACCCUGUGACAGAUGGGGUACCCGUGGGCUCUGAAGUUAAACCACCACUGGCCUCCAUGACUCUACCCUUUGCUUCUGGCCUUGCUAUCCAAUCAGACUCCCCUAAGGUGACAGAGAAGGACGAGGAGCCAAUUGGAGAACGUUGGGAUGACGAGGACUGGGGAAGUUUAGAGGACCCAGAGAAGGUACAGUCAGCAGACCCAGAUGACUGGAACUCCUCUGAUUGGUCAGGAAUGUCAUCAGUCAAAAAGAAGGCCAGUGUGUCUCUAGCCUCCUCUGAGGCAGUAAAAAAGCAGAGCUCUGAUUGGAGCAGCUCGGGUUGGGAUGCCGACGACAGCUGGUCAAAUGAGAAGGAGGCUGACAGCCAGGGUCAGAGUUCACCGGGAGAGGAUGGGUGGGGCAAUGACUGGGAGGAGGAGGGUAGGACUGCGCCAGCCACUAAGAGUGCUGCUUUGCCGGAGGGGGUUCGGUUAGCCAGCGAGUAUGACUGGGACAUUAAGGGAGACACGCAGACUGACUUCCUCGCCAAUGUGUCUCAGAGAGCAACGCCCACCCCCACUGCUACGGUUGGCGAUGGCUGGCGUGCAGAGCCUGUUGGAGACUGGGGAGCCGAGGAGAGCUGGGAGUCUGUGGACGGAAGUCCAGCAGGCCUAAGCAAGGCAGAGCUGGCCAAGAAGAAACGUGAGGAGAGGAGGAAAGAACUGGAGGCCAAACGGGCAGAACGCAAGGCAGCUAAGGGUCCUCUCAAACUGGGCGCUCGGAAACUGGACUGACUGGAAGGACAAGGAGGGCUGGUGGAAGACGGGAAGCAAAGCAGACCGUGUGCUGUGAUAACCUUUCCCUGACUCCCACAGAGAGGGUGGACUGUAUGGAAGGAUCAACAUUCCAUAAUCAAAAGAACAAGAGACACUGUGAACUUGACGACAGUCAGUGCAAGCUGCUCAUUGUUUGAGAAAGGGAUAAGAGGCUGAGACAGGACUCAUCCAGAAUCUUCUGGAGUUUAAACAUGACAUAUUUACGUUGUAAAGAAGUGUAUUUGUCUGAAAAGGACUGUGACAAAAAAAUCUGAACAUGUUUUUAUAAAUAAAUUAUAUCAAUGUUG